GACUCCGAAGUAAUUUUUUAGCGGGAUUAGGGCUUCCUGAAAAACUUAGAAGAACCUAUAUAGUAGAAUGUCGCCAAAUUCCCAGAAUGCUAAGCCGAAUAACCUAAAGAACUAGAUCAAAGAAGUAAACUUAGAAGUUUGAAAAACUUACCAACAAUGGUUCUAAAGAACGACGUUGACAUAUUGUCUACAAAGCAGAAACUAGACGUGUUGCUAGAGAAAGAUUGUGUGUUUUGGGAAUAGCGAAAGAAAUGUCCACGAGUUUCGAACAUGGCACAGAUUGCUUUGAGGUCGAAGCGUUUCUACACAGAAAUGAAUUUUCAAAGCUUUUCAAGGUUCGACACAAAGCGACCGGACACAUUUACUGUAUGGAAGUUGUCCCAAAGAGAAACGACUUCCAAGGACCAAUAAAUUCAAGAGUCCAGGAAGCUAGCGAUGGCUUGUCAAAAUUCUGGGUUAAUUUAAAGUUUACUUUUCAAACCAAUUCUAAAUUGUAUUACAUCCUUGAAUACAUUGGCGAAAGGACUUUGGGUUCUGUGUACGAAAAUAAUGGCCCAUUCACUGAAGACUUAGUGAUAUUUUAUGCCAGUGAGAUUGUGGUUGCCUUGGAUGAGAUACACUCUCAUGGUUUACUUUAUGGAGAACUUGACUUGGAAAAAGUAUUAUUMGAUAAAACUGGACAUAUAGUUUUAUGGAGAAACUUCUGUGGAAAGAAAUAUUGGACUCGAAGAGAAUGUCUGUGCAGUUUGAACGGAUUUAGAAGAGGUAUUCCAUGUGAAAAUUCACAUGAGAAAAUCUCAGAGCGCGAAAGCAAAAUUGAUUUUCAACUUCUUGGUCUGAUCGUGCUUCAAUUGUUUUCACAAGAGAAGAUGACGAGCUUGUUUAACGAUAAAACAACGAGACAGGAAAGACUGCUUCGUCUUGACUCCAAACCUGAUAUCCUGCCCAGUACUUUAUCGGUAUUUGCUCGAGACCUGGUCACACGGCUGCUCCAGGGGCAGUUCUACAAUAGUCAGCACCUCAAGAGCCAUCCCUUUUUCAAUGGAGUCAAUUGGAAAAUGGUCAAGGCACGGUUAACAACUCCCCCCACUAUCACAAAGAAGAUACUUCACCCUCCUCGGCUUCGUAAGACCAGCAGUGAAGCGUAUAUACGACCACAGACUCCCGUAUCGGUCAACGAMGACUACCUGUCCCCUCCCUACCAAGUACGUCCAUCGUCGACACCAUUAGACUACUCCAACACAAGGGGCGCCUUCACCGACGCCUCACUAGGAACACCAUACACACGGUACACCCCUCAUGCAGCUCCUCCUCGACUCCGUAGCACCCUCUCCUCCCCUGAUUUGACCUCAUUUGGACAGGACAUGUGUGGCAGCCAAUGGACACGUGAUCAGUACGGUUACCGUACGGGAAUCCAACGGAACUAUCCCGUUCACUCGUAUGGCGAAUUUUCUCCCGCGGGAUCACCGAGGACUUGCUGUGGGCUUUCCCACUCGUUGUCUGAUCUCACCAACGUUGAUGAUUAUGAGGCCUACAAGCCUCCGUCUCAUUCGUAUGGUCGACGGCGGAGAUCGUCUCUGACAGAUCUGACGCUAGGCGGGAGAUAUGGUUCAUAUACACCACCUCCACCUCUCACAACACAUCACUCAUUCCCACCAAGGAAUAGUGAAUACAUAGAAAGAAUAAACAUGAGGCCUGCCAAUCAUGAACAUUAUGAUCAUAGGAGAGUUCAUGGACAAGCUAAAAAUGGUCAUACGUUGCCUAGCAACGAUUAUAUUGACAGGCAACACUUGGAGUCGCGCCAAACACAGAAUUAUCCUUUUUAUAAAAAUGAGGAUUAUGGCAGAGGAGAUCUUGGUCGUUACUCCAACGAAGACUUUCGAUUCGGAGGCUGCAGGCUGCAUCGUAAUUCAUCGUCUUUCGAUCUUCGUUCGAUUGAUAUAGUCCAAGAUUCCCCAAGGGAAACCUAUAGCCGAACGUCCAGCGAAAAUUAUCGGGAAAGCUUCGGAGGGUUUUCGUCUCUACAGCGAAGUCGUUCGUGUUCGGAUUUGAAUGCUUCGGAUAACGAGGAAAGCAGAGGGAAUAUCAAUCCGGCUUCUUCAACGAGUGAGAGAAGACAACAUUAUCCUUUAGCUCAAAUACCCAUUCCUUCUUUCGAGGAAUUCAAGCGUAGAAACUCUACUCAAAGCAUAGAAGAAGAUCUGAAAGGUUUGGGACAGACUAAAUACGAUGAAUUUCUACCAUCAAAUGCUUAUAAAAACGAAAAAAGCGACGUAAAUAGCGAGAAGAAAGUCUUAACUAAAGAUAAAAUUCGGUCUACUAACUUUCUAACCAGUAAAUACUCGAGGGAAAGAAGAGGAUCAAGAGAUACUUUCAAGUCCCGAAGCGAUCCCGCGGGAUCUGAGCGAGGAAAAAGCACCGAAAAUGUCGAAGAAAGCUACUUUUCACAGAACGAUGUCAUUCACAACCUGAUGCUCAAGUACGGACUGUAUGAGCGAAGUGAAAAGAAACGACAACCAAACAGCGCUGUAGAGAAAGAAAGAGGGCUAGAAAUAAGCUCAGCAAAGACAAAAGAAGCGAAUUCUCUUUCAAACAGCAAAAAAGAUGCUGGCAAAAGCUUUGAAAAUGAUAAAAAUGGCAGUCCGGAAGUCGAAAGCAGUGUUAGAAGAACAAUGAGAAGUGGUCGGCGAGCAUCGGCUGUUCAUCACAGAGAUCCUCCAAAACUGACUCAUAAAAGCUAUUCAUCUUUAACCCCUUCAAUAACAUUACAAUUAUCAACCGAAAAUGACCAAAAUAAAGAUACAAAUAACAACUUGAAAAUUAACGGUAUUGAAGAUAAUUAUAAUAUUUAUGACAAUUCAACGAAUUCUAGCGUUAGAAAAGAAGAGAUAAAAACCAAACUGCUCGAUUCUGCAGCUCAGGGUGGACCAGAAAUAACUAUAGCUGAUGUUUAUAAGUCAACCAAGCACAGAAAAUCUCUAAUCCCUGACUUUGCAGACGCUCAAAGCAUAUUUCAAAACGAUCAAGAUUUGCUUGAGAAGACACAAACGAAUUCGAAGAGUUCAAAAACGCUUUGGGCGGCGGCGAAAGAUAGAUUAAAACUAAGGAAAUCUCCGAACAGUUCGCCUCGUUUAAGACGAAAAGAAAAAGACGAAGUUGAAGCUCAAAAUGGAAGUAACUCUGGGCAAACGGAUGGCACAAAUGUAAACGCUUCGAACUCCGAAGAGAAGAAAGACAAUGAACCAAGCAAGCGAAGGUUAUCUCGAGAAGAACUCAAUCGACUGAAAUUCUCCCGAGACUUUGCAAAAGAAGACGUCCUUGCUAAAAGAAAAGUUUCAAUUGAUUCGUCUACUCGAGGACAACUUCGCAAAAAUGGCGUCCAUAGUAGUCUUCUAAGCAUCACUAGUAGUUUGUAUUCCACAGACCUUGAUCUAGAUGAUAGUGGUAGCUGGCACAGCGAGUUGGAUGGCAGUGAAUCUAGCAGGACGAGUAAUAGGAAGCGAUGGGAAAGCUUUCAUAGUAAUGUCAGUGCUGAUAGUGGCUCUGCUCAUAUGUAUGAGUUUGAAAGCGAUUCAUUAGCGGCAGAAAUGGAGGAUGGAAAUCAGGAAACUAAUGAUUCCAAGGAAGCAGAAAAUAGAAAAAAGGGUGACGUAGAAGUAGCAAGAACAGAUAGCGGAAUUGGAGGAGACAUGGGUAUAGAUCAUAAUUACAAACGCAACUGGGAAGACAUUGUACUGAAGAGUUCUAGGCAUUGGUCUGUAGUAGCUGCGACUGCACGUCAUUGGCAAGACUUGGCCAGGAGGAAUAAACAACCACAGGAAAUUGCGAGCAAAAAGAUGAAACAUAUAGCACCGGCUAUUACUGAAGAUAUGGUUGAAUGUACUGAUUGCCAGAAGUUCUUUGUUCCCGAAGACAAAAGCGGGCAGGAUGUGUCAAAGGAAUGCUCGAACACAACAGUCGCAUCAAUAUGUACUAAAUGCAAAAAACGAGGUGUUGAGAGGAAAGAGGCGAUCAUCGAGCUUGUGCAGACAGAAAUUAACUACGGGAAUGAUUUGCAAAUUCUCAAAGAGGAGUUUUAUAGUCCACUGCAGUCGGGAGGUAUCCUUCAGCCCGAUAACUUGGCCGAUAUCUUCUUGAAUCUACAGGAGUUGGUUGAAGUGAGCACCAAGUUUUCACGUCGCCUUCAGAAUGGUCUAGAAGUUUCGGUAUCCAAGGGAGACGAGGAAUUCUCUGACGUCAAUGUUGGUAGUAUUUUCCUGGAAAGUGUUGAUCUUUUCCAGUCAUACGAGAUUUAUUGCUCAAAACAGAACUCUGCAUCAGUUCUUCUCGAAUCUUUACAAAAGAAGAACGAGUUACUGAAGAUCUUCUUAAAUGUCACAUGCAGAGAAAACCCCAAGUGCCGUAAGAUGGACCUCAACUCUUUCCUCUUGGCUCCUGUACAAAGAAUCAUGAAAUAUCCUUUGCUUUUGAGUCGCAUUCGCAAAUCAACCCCUCGUCGUAACUCGGACAGAGAAAAACUGAUGCAAGCACAAAAGAAGAUUGAAGAUCAGCUCAGUAGGAUCAAUGCUCUGAAUUCUUCUGUCGAAACGAAGCAGCGUCGAUACCGGGGCAGUAGUCAUCUCGGGAGGUCAGACUCGUUAGACAAACUCCAGAUGAAAAAGAUGGCAAGUGAUAUCCUCAACUGGACCUUGAGUGAAUUACACUUAUUGAUGCAUGGGGUUUUCGAGGUUGUGAUUUACGAGUUUGCAUCGUCGGGAGGAUGGAAUCGUCGCGGUGGUAAAAGAGCCGCUGAUGUGUUUAUGCUCUUCUGCGUACGAGGACUUUCAGAGCUUAAAACAAUUGAUUCAGACGAAGACAACACGUUGGAAGAGCCGUUCUUUCCUUCUGAUAGCGAGGCGACAGAUGCAGCACUUGUCAUGCUUAGGAAGAAAAUGAAUGGGAAAUACACUCUGUUUAAGGAGCCGCUAUCACUUGACACCUGUAUCAUAUGUAAAGACUCUGAGCACAAAGAUUGCUUUGAAAUCAUCAACAUGUCACGUGAGACAUACGUCUUCAAAGCAAACGGCAGCAAAGAGAGCAAAAAAUGGCUGAAACAUUUACGACUACAGGCCAAAGACUUGGGCAUGUGGAAGAAACGAAGAAAUGGUCUGCCUAAUAUCAUGAUUAAAAACAUCUAAAUAUCGAUCGUCUUCAACACAGGAAACCCAAACGAAGGAAUAAAAAAUGGCUGAAAGAUUUACGACUGCAGGCCAUAGAGUCAGGCAUGUGGAAAAAACGAAGAAAUGGUCUGCCUAAUAUCAAGAUCAAAAACAUCUAAAUAUCGAUGGUGUUCACCACAGGAAGCCCAAACAAGAGAAUAAAAAAUGGUUGAAAUAUUUACGACUACAGACCAAAGACUUUUGUUAAAUAUGUUGAUCAAAAACAAAUACAAAUAUCAAAUGCAAAUAUCACGUUAACCACAGGAAGCCCAUGCAGGUACUUUUGUACCCAAGUCGAAGGGAUGGGUUUUCUGUGUGUUAAUUWAAAAAUAAACAUGCUGUAAAGAAUAAUGUAUUACAAAAAUGACAAUCAGUAUUUAAGGCAUGCGACUGAAAUAACGUAUCACAAUCAAACCGGUUUCUUGUGAAUAGAGGCUUUGCACAAUCACGUGCUGGUGCCCAUAAUACAGCCGGGCUGCCUGUGGUUAGAUGGCAGAAUAAUAAAUCCCUUUGCUCUUGGGAAUUAAAUUUUUUCAUGUAAAACGAUUGCAUUGUUCCUGCCAUCUAACAUGGCUGCCGCCACGCCUCUAUUGUUGCUGGGUCUAGAGAUUGACACUUCGUUCCCACCACGAGCACGGAUAACUAAACAAGAUGGCGGCCAAACAAGGAAGGACAUUGGAUAGAGAAAUUAAAACCAAAGAAGUUAGUUCGCGUGAACGGAGAAUAAGUUGGGUAAUAUCACAAAGUAAACACACCUUGACUUGGGGGAGGGGGAGGUGACUGCGGGCCCUAAAACUAAAGUUAAGUAUCUAUAUACGGCCACUUACACGAAGAAGGCCCCUUUGCAGUACGAUAAUCCUUUUCUCUAUGAGGAAAGAAAACAGUUCUAAGUAUGGUCCCAAGCACCAGGAAGACCAGAUAAAUGGGCCGUAAUGGUUCAACGCUCAUGCUGUACACAUCGAGGUACGUCACGUAGACUCAAAGAAUAUAGAGGACAAGCGUCGAACAAAAACAUUGUACAAUAAUUAUAUUAGCUAUUCCGAAGCUGUGGAAAAAAACGGGCUCGAUUUGGCGAAUGUUUGGGUGUUAAACAAUAGGUAGUUUUCCCAAUGGAAUACAAAUGUCCGACCAACAAACUCGAAUUCAUAAGAUUUUUAAAAUUAGUUAUCAAUAGUUUUUCAUAAUGUACCUUUAGAAUGGAUUGAUUCUAAGACAGCCAUUUACAAUUUUCAGCAAUCAGUGUCCAUGUUCCAUGCUGUAUAUCAAAAACAUAUCUUAGCUUGUCCGACAUAGCAACCGUAACUAGGGAGGUAGAAUAAUUAAAGCGGGAUGGAUGUAUUUCUCGCGGCCGAGUAACAGAAGACACACAUAUAAUAAAAGUUCUGUUUAUUUCAUAACUAAAAUACAAAAUAUACUAUUAAA